CUCAUGAGAGACAGCAAUAGGUAGACAUCCUGAGAGACAGACUCACUGAACAUCCAGAAACAGACCCCCCGAGAUACCUUGCAAGAAAGACCCCUCAGAGACUGCAAACAACAGAACUCCUUAGAUACUGCAAAAGACAGACAACCUGUCAGAUAGCAUCAGACAUUCUCCGUGAGAGACAGCUUUAUACUAAAGGGAUGAAGAGGCAAUGUGACAAGUAACUAGUUAACAAUAUGAGGAGACAUACAGUAAAAGUAACCGCUAGAGACUGCCUCUCAGACAGACAGUCACACAAAGAAUUAGAGAGUGUAAAGCCAUCCUUGGGUGGUAAGUUGGUAUCCAAAAAGACAAUCUGGGCAAACACCCAGUUAUUAGAGGUCUGACGAGGGGGGCAAGGUUGACCCAUCCAAAUUAUGGAGACUGUAGGGAGAACACUGCAAAACCACCAGAGGUCCAGCGAAUGAUAGAUUUUAUAGAGACAGCUGGUGAGAAUCGGAGAUGAGCCAACUAUCAAGAGACACUCAGACUAUCAGUAUCUGUUCUGGAUGAGCGGAACAUCUCACCAGAAAACGUUUUCUGCCGUAGAAGGCCACCCAUGGAAGAGACCUCCUCGGCGAAGGACAUUCUCUUUUCAGAGUUAAACGAGGACUUUGCUCACUGGGUGUGACACCAGCCUAGAGGAUAAAUCACCAUCAACCCAGGGAGCAGGACUGUCAGAUCACUGUCACCCACAGAAUGGACAGCACGGCUCAGCUAAUGGCUGCUUUCCAGGGUACAGCCACUGGGGUUGGAGUGCCAGGUCACGGCUGGAGGAUCUGCCUGGCUCAUGAAUUUCAGGAGAAACGGAAACCCUUUCAAAUUGCCAAUGUUUCCCCUUAUCAUGUUGUGAGCCAUCUGCCUCUAGGGAUCAGGUAUCUGGUGUGGUGGUGUAGGAAAACGUACAUGGAAAAGAAGGCUCCAUUUAUUGACAUGAUGAAUUCCGUCCCCCUGCGCCAGAUGUACGGUGCUCCGCUAGGUGGCAUUGGUGGAGGAACCAUAACCCGUGGUUGGCGUGGUGAAUUCUGCCGAUGGCAGCUCAAUCCUGGCAUAUAUCAUUACAAGACGGUGGUGGAAAACCAGUUUACAGUCUGUAUUCGGCGCAGAGGGCAGACCGUUUACCAGCAAGUGCUGUCUGUCGAGCACCCACACACCCUUCAAAGUUGGAACUGGGGGUAUUGUGGAAACCAUGCUUUUUAUCAUGCCCUGUAUCCUCGUGCAUGGCACGUCUACGAGCUGCCAGGCCAUAAUAUCACCCUCACAUGCCGCCAAGUGUCCCCUAUCAUUCCUGAUAACUACAAGGACUCGUCAUUGCCCCUUGCGCUCUUGGUGUGGGAUGUGGAGAACAGCAGUGAUGAGGAGACUGAGGUUACCAUUAUGUUCUCGAUGAGGAAUGGAAGUGGGGCCAAGAGUGACCAAGCUGGCAGCCAUUGGAAUGAACCAUUCCAUGUGCACAGAGAAGGGGAGCAUGUGACUGGCAUCCUGCUGCACCAUUGCACCAGCACUAACCCUUUCACACUGGGGGUAGGCGCGCGAGAGACGACAGGGGUUCAUGUGUCACAUUGCACAGAGUUUGACCCUGCGGGGAUGGGGCAGGAGAUAUGGACAGAUCUGCUGGAAGAUGGUCGUCUGAACUCCACUCAAGGUCCCAGCACCCCCUCUGUGAAAGGAAAGAAGACGGCGGCUGCAGUGGCAGCAGGCUGCACAGUGCCCCCUGCAGGACAGGCUACCCUGGAGUUCUGUCUAAGCUGGGACAUGCCUAGGAUACGGUUUGGGUCUGGAGAGAAGGAGUACAGCAGACGCUACACUCGUUUCUUUGGCAGUGAGGGUGACGCGGCUGCAGCUUUGUGUCACUAUGGCCUGACUCAUUACCGUGAUUGGGAGGAACAAAUCCAAAAAUGGCAAGAGCCAAUCCUACAGGAUGAAGAUCUGCCAUCAUGGUACAAGUCAGCGCUGUUUAAUGAGCUUUACUUUGUGGCGGACGGAGGUACGGUCUGGGUGGAGGUUCCCGAUGAUGAUAAGCUGAUGAAUAUUGGGGAGAAAUGUUUACCGGGCAUGAAGGCCAUCCUGCGGGAGUAUGGACGCUUUGCGUAUCUGGAAGGUCAGGAGUAUCGAAUGUACAACACGUAUGACGUGCAUUUCUACGCUUCAUUUGCACUUGUCAUGCUCUGGCAUCAGCUGCAGAUCAGUCUCCAGUAUGACAUGGCGGCUGCAGUGCUGCAGGAGGACCUACAAAGGACUAAGUAUCUAAUGAGCGGUUCAGUGGCUCCUAUUAAAACCAAGAACGUGGUCCCUCAUGAUGUCGGAGAUCCAGAAGAUGACCCAUGGCAGAAACUAAAUGCCUACCUCAUUCAUGACACUGCCCACUGGAAGGACCUAAACCUCAAAUUUGUGCUCCAAGUUUAUCGAGACUAUCAUAUGACCAAGAACGCCACUUACCUAAAGGACCUGUGGCCUGUUUGCCAGAAUGUUAUGGACAUCACAUUAAAGUUUGAUCAAGACGGCGAUGGACUCAUUGAAAACUCUGGGUUUGCAGAUCAGACAUACGAUGGGUGGGUGAUGACUGGACCAAGUGCAUACUGUGGAGGUCUCUGGCUGGCCGCUGUGUGUAUGAUGUGUCAGAUGGCAGGAAUUCUCAGCGAUUCCCCAGUAUACAACAAAUUUUCUGCAAUCUUGAACAAGGGGAAAGAAGCAUUUGAGAAGAAGUUGUGGAAUGGUAAAUAUUAUAACUUUGACUGUGGGGACCAGUCAUACUUUAACAGCAUUAUGUCAGAUCAAUGUGCUGGACACUGGUUUUUGCGAGCAUGUUGCCUGGGCCGUGCACAGACUGAGGUGUUCCCUAACGCACACAUAGUCAGUGCCCUGAGAACCAUUUUUGAGUUGAACGUUAAACAGUUUGCAGAGGGGCAGAUGGGAGCUGUAAAUGGUAUGCGUCCAGAUGGCUCAGUUGACACAUCCAGUGUACAGUCUGACGAGGUCUGGGUCGGUGUAGUAUACGGUCUUGCUGCCACUAUGAUCCAUGAGGGCUUGGUGCAGGAAGGCUUUGUUACUGCUGAAGGAUGUUAUCGCACAGUAUGGGAGAGACUGGGAAUGUCCUUCCAAACCCCAGAAGCGUACUGCGAGAAGAACGUUUUCCGGUCCUUGGCAUACAUGCGGCCACUCAGUAUCUGGGCUAUGCAACUGGCAAUCAAGGAACGAGCCGAAAACCAAAGCUUGAAUCAUGUCCCUGUCGAAGCUAAGAUUGUGCAGGAUUGUGAAGGUUAUCCCUCGGUGAAGGAAAAGACUGCUGAGUGAGCUCUGUAACUCGAACAUAGCACUGAUUGCAAAGGAGAUGGUUGACGAUGAGCAGAAGAGAUUUCCCCGCGAGAUAUCCCUCGUAUUUGUAGCUGUUUUAAUUUCUGUACCUCACCCAGGAUACCUUCAUCCCAUGUAUAUAUUCUACAUGUCAAUUAACUCCAGUUUAUAUAUGCACCACACUAAUGAUUGGAUUGGUUCUCUUUGUGGUCAGCUGUGAGCCUUAGAUUGUCGAAUCUACCUCUCCACCCAAUCCACAUCUGCAGUAUGACGUACGAGCAGUGCAAUUUUAGUGUGAAGAGCAGAGCAUAUUGAAGGACCGUGUGACUGUUUAAAGGGCCAUUUGUUCUGCUUGCACCGAGAAAUAAGCUGCUCAAUGGUUUUCAUAUCUUGCUAUCACUUUUAUUAACAAGAAAUCUGGGCCAAAUUGCUCUGCGUGUCCAAAACUUGGAACAAAAAAAGUGUUACUCUGGGUUCCUGAGCUAUACUACCUCUUCUCCAGUAAUGUCCAGGGUCACACAAUAUAUUUAUCGGGGUUCAGGCAUUAUACUGCACUUCCUGCAGUAAUGUCCUACUCCACCAUUUAUAAUGAUUAUUAUUAUCGGGGUUCAGGUAUUAUACGGCACUUCCUGCAGUAAUGUCCUACUCCAUCAUUUAUAAUGACAAUAUUAUCGGGGUUCAGGUAUUAUAUAGCACUUCCUGCAGUAAUGUCCUACUCCACCAUUUAUAAUGACAAUAUUAUUGGGGUUCAGGUAUUAUACUGCACUUCCUGCAGUAAUGUCCUACGCCAUCAUUUAUAAUGACAAUAUUAUUGGGGUUCAGGUAUUAUAUAGCACUUCCUGCAGUAAUGUCCUACUCCACCAUUUAUAAUGACAAUAUUAUCUGGGUUCAGGUAUUAUAUAGCACUUCAUGCAGUAAUGUCGUACUCCAUCAUUUAUAAUGACAAUAUUAUCUGGGUUCAGGUAUUAUACUGCACUUCCUGCAGUAAUGUCGUACUCCAUCAUUUAUAAUGACAAUAUUAUCGGGGUUCAGGUAUUAUACAGCACUUCCUGCAGUAAUGUCGUACUCCAUCAUUUAUAAUGACAAUAUUAUUGGGGUUCAGGUAUUAUAUAGCACUUCCUGCAGUAAUGUCCUACUCCACCAUUUAUAAUGACAAUAUUAUUGGGGUUCAGGUAUUAUAUAGCACUUCCUGCAGUAAUGUCCUACUCCACCAUUUAUAAUGACAAUAUUAUCUGGGUUCAGGUAUUAUACAGCACUUCCUGCAGUAAUGUCCUACUCCACCAUUUAUAAUGAUUAUUAUUAUCGGGGUUCAGGUAUUAUACAGCACUUCCUGCAGUAAUGUCGUACUCCACCAUUUAUAA